AUGACGAAUGCUGUGUGCGAGUCCUACAACAAAACUUGGGUAGAGUUUGGUCUUUGUCGCCUGAGAGCUGUGAAUCGGAAUAAGGUUUGCCUAAAUGUGAAUGCCACAUUGCACUAUCCAGUUAACAAUGUUGUAGUAAAGGCCCAGUUAAUGAAGCGGGCCAAUGGGUACAAGCCCUGGCUUUACAGCGUUAGCUUCGACGGUUGUCAGUUCAUACGAAGAAGAAAUAAUGCUUUGAUUCGCUUAGUUUGGGAGCUUUUCAAGGAAUACUCUACAAUUAAUCACACCUGUCCCUAUGUGGGUCUUCAAAGAGUCAAAGAUUUUUAUCUAAGAUCUGAGAAACUGCCGACACCUAUACCCACAGGCGACUACUUGUUACUCAUUGAUUGGGUUUUCAAUAAGAAACCUCAAGCUGCCACGAAUGUAUAUUUCACAUUUGUAGAAGAUCUAAAAACCGCUUAGUAAAUGUUGUUCACUAUU